AUGCCUCCUACCCCUCCCAUCUGUCCAGUCUGGUAUGCCAAAGCUAGCCAGCAACAGCAGAUUUGCAUCACCCUGAAUUUCAGCUUUAUGUCACCAAAUUCUCUCUCAUCCCUUGGCGUAUACACAGUAAAUGUUAAAGACGUGAAUGCCGAGAGCCAGGGAUGGCAGUGGGACAUCACACAGAAAGGAUAUGAAAAGAAGAGGUCCAAACUUCUGUCUCCUUACAGCCCACAGACUCAAGAAACUGAUUCAACAGGACAAAAAGACAAAAACCAGACUCCUGCUCCCACUGCAGCUCAGACUUCUGCUCCUUCCAAGUACCACCGAACUCGAUCUGGAGGGGCUAGAGAUGAGCGAUACCGAUCGGAUAUCCAUACAGAAGCUGUUCAGGCUGCGCUGGCAAAACACAAAGAACAGAAAAUGGCUCUGCCCAUGCCCACCAAAAGACGGUCCACAUUUGUCCAGUCUCCUGCGGAUGCUUGCACUCCUCCUGACACGUCUUCGGCCUCUGAGGAUGAGGGCUCUCUGAGACGCCAGGCUGCGCUCUCUGCUGCCUUGCAACAAAGCUUGCAGAAUGCUGAGUCCUGGAUCAACCGCUCAAUUCAGGGAUCGUCCACCUCUUCAUCCGCAUCUUCUACGCUGUCCCACGGAGAGGUCAAAGGAACCAGUGGGUCUCUAGCUGAUGUAUUUGCCAAUACCCGAAUAGAGAAUGUCUCGGCUCCUCCGGAUGUCACUGCAACUACCUCUUCCUCCUCCUCCUCCCUUCGCCCAGCAAACAUUGACCUGCCCCCUUCUGGCAUAGUUAAAGGCAUGCACAAAGGAUCCAACAGAUCCAGCCUUAUGGAUACGGCUGAUGGUGUUCCUGUCAACAGCAGAGUAUCCACAAAAAUCCAGCAGCUUCUCAGCACUCUGAAAAGACCCAAACGGCCCCCCUUAAAGGAGUUUUUUGUGGAUGACUCUGAAGAAAUUGUGGAAGGUAUACCUCAGCCAGAUCCCAACCAGCCAAAGCCUGAGGGCCGACAGAUGACACCAGUGAAGGGGGAGCCCCUUGGAGUCAUCUGUAACUGGCCCCCUGCACUGGAAUCUGCCUUGCAGCGCUGGGGCUCUACCCAAGCCAAGUGCCCCUGCCUGACCGGGCUGGACGUGUCCGGGAAACCAGUCUAUACACUCACAUACGGAAAGUUGUGGAGCAGAAGUUUAAAGUUGGCUUACACACUGCUUAAUAAACUGGGGACCAAAAAUGAACCUGUGUUAAAACCCGGAGACAGGGUUGCCUUGGUUUACCCCAACAACGAUCCAGUCAUGUUUAUGGUGGCUUUUUAUGGAUGUCUCCUGGCAGAAGUGAUUCCAGUACCCAUAGAAGUACCACUGACCAGAAAGGAUGCCGGAGGUCAGCAGAUUGGCUUCUUGCUAGGAAGCUGUGGGAUUGCCUUAGCUCUCACCAGUGAAAUUUGUCUGAAGGGCCUGCCAAAAACCCAGAAUGGAGAAAUUGUACAGUUCAAAGGUUGGCCUCGGCUCAAGUGGGUUGUAACAGAUUCCAAGUACCUUUCAAAGCCUCCCAAAGACUGGCAGCCCCACAUCUCACCUGCUGGUACGGAACCAGCGUAUAUCGAGUAUAAAACAAGCAAAGAAGGGAGUGUAAUGGGAGUUACAGUAUCCCGGCUUGCAAUGCUGUCUCACUGCCAAGCUCUGUCACAGGCCUGCAAUUAUUCUGAAGGAGAAGCCGUGGCUAAUGUUUUAGACUUUAAGAAGGAUGCUGGGCUGUGGCAUGGCAUGUUUGCGAAUGUAAUGAAUAAGAUGCAUACAAUUAGUGUACCCUACUCUGUUAUGAAGACCUGUCCUCUCUCUUGGGUCCAAAGGGUCCAUGCCCACAAAGCCAAAGUAGCUCUUGUGAAGUGUCGAGAUUUACACUGGGCCAUGAUGGCACAUCGGGACCAAAGGGACGUGAGCCUGAGUUCUCUCCGGAUGCUGAUUGUCACUGAUGGUGCCAAUCCUUGGUCUGUGUCAUCCUGUGAUGCCUUCCUGAGCCUGUUCCAAAGCCACGGACUGAAACCUGAGGCCAUCUGUCCAUGUGCCACGUCUGCUGAGGCCAUGACUGUGGCCAUCCGCAGGCCAGGGGUUCCAGGGGCUCCCUUGCCAGGAAGAGCCAUUCUCUCAAUGAAUGGACUGAGCUAUGGGGUAAUACGGGUCAAUACUGAAGAUAAAAAUUCAGCACUGACAGUCCAGGAUGUGGGACAUGUGAUGCCUGGGGGUAUGAUGUGCAUUGUGAAACCAGAUGGACUUCCUCAGCUCUGCAAGACAGAUGAGAUUGGAGAGAUCUGUGUUAGCUCCAGGACUGGAGGGAUGAUGUACUUUGGACUUGCUGGCGUGACCAAAAAUACAUUUGAGGUGAUUCCUGUGGCCUCUUCAGGCUCUCCUGUGGGAGAUGUGCCCUUCAUCCGGUCAGGGCUGCUGGGCUUUGUAGGGCCAGGUAGCUUGGUGUUCGUGGUUGGAAAAAUGGAUGGAUUACUCAUGGUUAGUGGUCGGAGACACAAUGCAGAUGACAUUGUCGCUACAGGACUGGCUGUGGAGUCCAUCAAGACUGUCUAUCGAGGAAGAAUUGCUGUGUUUUCUGUGUCUGUAUUUUAUGACGAGCGCAUUGUGGUGGUGGCAGAGCAAAGACCCGAUGCAUCUGAGGAAGAUAGCUUCCAGUGGAUGAGCCGCGUGCUGCAGGCAAUUGAUAGCAUCCAUCAAGUAGGCGUUUACUGUCUUGCUCUGGUGCCUGCCAACACAUUACCAAAAACUCCACUAGGAGGGAUCCACAUAUCUCAGACGAAACAGCUCUUUCUUGAGGGAUCUCUACACCCGUGUAAUAUCCUCAUGUGCCCACAUACAUGUGUGACGAACUUGCCCAAACCCCGACAAAAGCAACCAGGUGUAGGCCCUGCUUCUGUGAUGGUUGGGAAUCUGGUUGCUGGUAAACGCAUAGCACAAGCUGCAGGAAGGGACCUGGGGCAAAUCGAAGAGAAUGACCUGGUGAGGAAGCACCAGUUCCUGGCUGAGAUUUUGCAGUGGCGAGCCCAGGCAACUCCUGACCACGUACUCUUCAUGCUCUUAAAUGCCAAGGGAACUACUGUGUGCACAGCCAGCUGCCUUCAGCUUCAUAAGCGAGCAGAGAGGAUUGCAUCAGUACUUGGGGACAAGGGACAUCUAAAUGCAGGGGACAAUGUGGUAUUGCUCUACCCACCUGGCAUCGAGUUAAUUGCUGCGUUCUAUGGCUGCCUGUAUGCAGGGUGUAUACCUGUCACUGUUCGGCCUCCUCAUGCUCAAAACCUCACUGCCACAUUGCCCACGGUUCGCAUGAUCGUUGACGUCAGCAAAGCAGCAUGCAUUCUCACCACUCAGACUCUAAUGAGGUUGCUGAAGUCUCGAGAGGCGGCAGCAGCUGUGGAUGUGAAAACCUGGCCAACCAUCAUUGACACAGAUGACUUACCCAGGAAACGGUUACCUCAGCUGUAUAAACCACCCACUCCUGAGAUGUUGGCAUAUCUUGAUUUUAGUGUCUCCACAACCGGCAUGCUUACAGGAGUGAAGAUGUCCCACUCUGCAGUCAAUGCUCUCUGUAGAGCCAUCAAGCUCCAGUGUGAGUUGUACUCCUCUCGGCAGAUUGCCAUCUGCCUUGACCCGUACUGUGGACUUGGCUUUGCACUCUGGUGUCUCUGCAGCGUCUAUUCUGGUCACCAGUCCAUCUUGAUUCCUCCUCUGGAGCUGGAGAACAACCUUUUCCUCUGGCUUGCCACGGUCAACCAGUACAAGAUAAGGGACACCUUCUGCUCCUACUCAGUGAUGGAGCUUUGCACUAAAGGGCUGGGGAACCAAGUGGAGGUGCUAAAGACCCGAGGGAUCAACCUCUCCUGCAUCAGGACCUGUGUGGUGGUAGCAGAGGAGCGACCCCGCAUCACCCUCCAGCAGUCCUUCUCCAAGCUCUUUAAAGACAUUGGUCUGUCCCCUCGAGCUGUCAGCACCACUUUCGGAGCCAGAGUCAAUGUAGCCAUAUGUUUACAGGGAACCUCGGGGCCCGAUCCAACAACUGUGUAUGUAGACCUGAAGUCACUGAGACAUGACAGGGUUCGUCUUGUGGAGCGGGGUGCCCCCCAGAGCCUCCUGCUCUCUGAGUCUGGAAAGAUCUUACCUGGAGUAAAAGUAGUUAUUGUUAAUCCGGAGACCAAAGGACCUGUGGGAGACUCUCACCUGGGUGAGAUCUGGGUGAAUAGCCCCCAUACAGCCAGUGGCUACUAUACCAUCUAUGAUAGUGAGACUCUUCAAGCUGAUCAUUUCAAUACCCGCCUGAGCUUCGGAGAUGCUGCACAGACUCUCUGGGCACGGACAGGAUACCUUGGUUUUGUCCGCAGAACUGAGCUCACAGCAGCCACUGGAGAACGUCAUGACGCCUUAUAUGUGGUGGGAGCACUGGAUGAGACACUGGAGCUUCGAGGAUUACGAUACCAUCCGAUUGAUAUAGAGACCUCCGUGUCCCGAGUCCACAGGAGCAUUGCUGAAUGUGCCGUGUUCACAUGGACCAACUUGCUCGUGGUGGUUGUGGAGCUGUGUGGCUCUGAGCAGGAAGCCCUGGACCUGGUUCCUCUCGUGACCAAUGUGGUCCUAGAAGAGCAUUACCUCAUCGUUGGCGUUGUGGUUGUGGUGGACCCAGGGGUGAUCCCCAUCAACUCCAGAGGAGAGAAGCAGAGGAUGCACCUCCGAGACAGCUUCCUGGCCGACCAGUUAGACCCUAUCUAUGUGGCUUAUAACAUGUAGCCAGCCCUGUGGGGACCAUCCUAAGGAUCAGAGAGACCGAAGCCCCAUGGCUAAGAGCAGGCUUGCAGCUGACGUGAAGAUGGCUCCCGUGUAGCCUUCAUCUCAUCCUGUGGGAUUCUGCAGUCACAGAACACCCAGGAAAGGGAAUUUUGUGGGUGCAACGAAAACAUGUUAACAGUAUGUCAGACCUGAGCUCUGGCGUCUGCGACAGCAGGUUACUAAAGCAGUUACAUGCAUGUUGCAUUUUCCUCAUCUGGUAUAAAUAACUGUAUUUUUACCUGAUGUUUUAAACUUUUGUAAGGGAGUUUAAUGAAUUCACAUGAGGGGUAAUCUGAGUCCCACAGUGCCCCACUCUGUACUGUAUUUUGCCAUUUAACUGUAGGCAGGUAUUCUGCAGGGUUUCUUAACAUGAAACUACCAAGCUUGAGUCAGCCCAUAGUCAAAUCAGAUAACCCACGUGAGAGCUGCUGUAUGUGUCUAAUUCUCAGUUAUAAACAUCUGACCAGUGCUUCAGCGUGUAAAUAAGAGUGCGCAUAACUCAACUAAGGAACCAAGCAAUCAGCUUGCCUAACUGCAGCCCGAGUAGCUGAGCUUCUGCUGGGGUUGUGUGUUGGAACCAGCUGGCCCAGCAGUGCAGCGCCUCCUGUCUGUGGGGGUGUUCUGCACUAAAGCUGCCUGUGCUUUUAAAGCUUAUAUUCCUAGAAUUAGCUUGAGCUUCUAAGGAUUCUUCAACCUAUUCCUCUGAGCUGAAAAAAAAAAAAUCUUGUGUCAGAAUUUUAGAGGUAGCUAAGAGUCAUCAGUUCCGAACCUACUGUACGGAACUGUGGUAGUUCACUCAGGCCAGUGUUGAAACUUUUUUGCAUUUAGAGUGACUACUGAGAAUUGUGAAGUUCUGCUUUUUCCAUGCUCUGUGUCUGCAGGUUACAUAUAGAGCUCCCCCCACCCCUGAAAACUGAGGAGUGAGCUCUGUCCUCUCAUGCCUCGGGGGCGAACGCUAGGCUGGGAGUAUCUGUGGGCCACAUGUGCACAUCCUAACACUUACCAGUCUGGGCUGCCAGAAUAGCCAGGCUCCUUGGAAACAGGGAAGUCUGAUGUAUGCAAGAAACUCUUUUGAAAUAACUGGUGCCUGGCCACACUCAGUGUGGGACUGAGUUUGGCCUCUGGCUCAGUUUCCUUCCUUUGGUCUGAAGCUUCAUGUAUUUGAAUAUAGUUAAAUUUUAUUAUUUUUUUCUUACAGAAAUAUUUUUAAAAAUUAAAGAAAACUUCAAGUGAAAAAGAAUGAACCUGUUAAAUCAGAAUGGUUCUCUUUGACCCGUUCUGGUCUACUGUGUAAAUAUUUAUUUAGACUAUUUUGAUAAUACAUAUUAUUUACCCCACUGUAACAUCCUGUAAACUAAAUGUGUUUUUAAGCAAUUUGUAAGACUUGUAAUUACCCUAAAAAUAUGGUUUAUUAAGCAAAGACCAGACUCUUCAUCAGGGCAGCACUCCUGGGCUGCCUUCAGUCUCAUGACUCAGCCACUAUGGUCCUUUCUACUUACCCUCUUGCUCCACAGAAGGAAGCCCUCCAAGCAGAAUUCCACUUCAGAGCCUUUGCAUUUUUGUUUAGGAUUGGUUUGUAUUUGAUGAGGGAGGUGUUGGGGUAUACAGGAAAGGGGUGCCACCUCCUGGGCAGAGUAACAUCCAAUUCAGGGGGCACUUCUUCUGCAAAGGAAACAGCCUACUUAUUUUGGAAGUCUUAAAAUGGUUUUGCCGUGAUCCUUUUUUGAGACAGGGUUUUUCCACUUAGCCCAGGCUGGCCUUGAAUUCCACUCUCCCUCCCCUCACCGCCCCUCCACCCCCCCCCACUCCCAUGCUGGGAUUACAGACAUAGGUAAACUCUUAAACAGUAGGUGAUGCUUCCCUAAGAAAAGCAGGGGCCUGGGUAAUAAGCAUUCUAUGUCAACAAUAUGCAAGUUCUAAGGAAAAAAACAAAAAAACAAAAAACAAAAAAACUGCAGACCAAUCUAUCUUGAAUGGUAACUCUUACAAAUGGAAAUUAUUAACUUGGUGUCACCAGCUAGGGACACAUUGUCUGCAAUAAAUGUGAUGUGAGCCACAUCUGUAAUUUAAACUUUUCUAAUAACUUUUUUUUUUUUUUUUUUUUUUUGGUUUUUCAAGACAGGGUUUCUCUGUGUGGCUUUGGAGCCUAUCCUGGCACUUGCUCUGGAGACCAGGCUGGCCUCAAACUCACAGUAAUCCACCUGCCUCUGCCUCCCUAGUGCUGGGAUUAAAGGCAUGUGCCACCAACGCCUGGCUAAUAACUACUUUUUAAAAGAGGUUUCAGUGUGUGACCCUAACUGCUUACUCCUUACAUAGACCGGGCUGGUGACAUACUCACAGAGAACUUCCUGCUUCUGCCUCCUCAGUGCUGGGAUUAAAUGUGUGUGCCACUAUCCCAUCUGAACACAUCUUUUAAACAUUUUUUAAAGCAUAUGGUAUUGAUUUUAAUACAUUUACCAAAAGUACUAUUACUUUGAUAUGAAAUUAUUGAAUUUUUUAAAUUUUAGAAAUCCUAUGUGUAUUAAAUACAUUUUAGUUCAGACUAGCCACUUCAGGUCUCUGGCCAAAUGUGGCUAGUGACCAUCAUAUUGGAGCGUGCAGCCCUGUCCUCACUCCUUCAAGCACACAACUCUAGCCAGUUCAUUUCACUGUGGCCAGCUCCCAGCGCUUGGGGUUAUUAAGGAGUUGUCAUCUCCGGGUCAUCUUUUCUAAAACAAUGCUGGUGUGGAACACAGGACCUAUGGUAAGCAAACGCUCUACCACUAAGCUCAUCCCACAUAGCCCAGGAUGGCCCGGAACCUCUGGUCUUCUGUCCUGUGUGUUCUGAGUGUUGAGACUGCAGCAGACACCUCCAUGCCUUGCCUCAGGCCUCUAGUUUUUUUUUUCACCCUUUAUGAUAAUGACUACCCCACCCUUGCUCUGGGCCCAUCCCCUAAAGCCAGACCAUACUAGUGGCAGAACUAAAGCUGAGAGUGGUCUCUGGGGGGAGCCUCAUCAGUCCACCUCCCUCCUUGAUGGGGUUUGUGAUAGACCCCUGAAACAGACCUUAAUCUCAGACUUGGCUUUGUUGUGUUCUUUAAGAGGAGUUUCUCUGAUGGCAUCAUGUUUCUGGCUCUUUCCACAUUUAAUGGAAACUUCAUGGUUGAAUUGACCAUGAAAGCAGCCCUUCAAGUCCAUCAUUUACAAAUCAAAAACGGCCUGCAGCCCUUCCUGACCACUGAAUAUGGGAGGCUAGGCUGAGAUUAAACCCCUGUCUUAGUUACACAAAAGAAAACUUUUUGUUCCUUCCUUAUUUUUUAUUUUGUGUGUUUGUGCAUGUGUAAUAGGGUUUUACUGUAUAGCCCGGGCUGGCCUCAAACUUGAUGCUCUUGCCUCAACCUUCCAGUGCUGAAAUUACAGGCUUGUGCAACCAGCCACACCUGGCAAGAGAUAUCUGUGAACCUUUGGCCCUCAGGAGAAUGACUGAGAUAGAUUGGGGAGUUCUUCCAGCUGCACACAUACCAUCCCAUGCACCUGAGCCCUCAGAAUGCCCACCAUGCACACAGAGGCCCAUUCUCCCCAGUACCAAGUCCUUCCAGUGUGUGGUUGUGUUGGCUUAGCUGCAGAGGACUAUAACCUGUCUCCUCCUCACUUUAGUUCCUGGGCAGUGCUUGCUUAAUGUUCUCCUGGAAUCCCAAGGGCCUGAGGCCUUAGGCUCCUGUUAAGGUCUCUGCCCCAGGCAUGGUGCUCAAUAUCGUAGCCAAAUAAGUUACUUUCCUUGAAUAUCCAGGAAUUUUAAAUUAAAGCAAUGGGGACUUACCACCUUACCCUGGAACUCCAAUGUAACUGCCUUAGUGUUCCCCUGUGUUGUCGUCUUUGAUGUAAAACCCAGAGCAUCUGGAGCCAGAGGCUGCAGUUCUCCAUAUGCACAGUAGCCUUUGCCUUCACUCAAUAGUCCUGACUUAGGCUGGUGUAGAUGGGCCAUGAGAUUUGUCCUGAGGAAGAGACUGCAAAGACAUGUGAAGUUUUUUAGUCCUAAAUGCUGUUUUGUUUACUUUCUGUCGAGAGGAUAUUUACCCCUGUCAAAUUCAAACUAUAGUACUGUGUAAUUAUGUAUAAAGGUUUUUUAUUUAUUUGAAAUAGAUUAGAUAUACAUUUUUAAAUUUAACAUCUGGCUGGACAGUGUUCUAUUAACUCAUUGAAUGUGUUUCCUUUGUCUUGUGUUAAUAAAUAUUGAUGCUUGA